UUUUUCAACUAGGUUAUCUGAUUUCAAAAAAAAAGAAAAGGUCCGCUCUAUUGUGCAUUCGUUAUUGGGUCGACAAACAUACAAUAAUUAACAACAGCCAAGAAGCAGUAACAGCAUAAACAAGCAGGUGUUUAAAAGUGUGAUUGCGCCAAACGCGAAAACGAGAAUCGCCGCUAAAGUUUCCAUUGUCCGGAAAAAUCAGCUUCCGGCCCGGGUCCGUAGAAAGUUUUUAAGAGAUGACCUGGCGCGACAGUGGUGAUACCGCUACCAAAUGCGUCAGUUCUAGAAUGAUGAACAAUGAAUUUCUUUGGCCAUGACCAUCUGAGCGGGUUUCGACGCAUUGAUCGGACUGGAUCCUAUCGCAGGCCCGCGUGGGCUGACCAAGAAUCGUUCCAUCUGAAGGACGCACUAUUAUGGAACCGGCAUAAGGGCUCCAGAGUUAGUACAAUAAAUGAUUGGCUUCAAAUACAAAUUGGAGGCCCUGAGGAUGUCAAGAAAAAAAGACCAAAAGGCCAAAAUCGCAUCAAGUCGACGAAAUACACAUUGAUCACAUUCCUGCCACAAAAUCUAUUGGAACAAUUUCGCAGAAUUGCGAAUUUCUACUUCCUGGUGAUGACAAUAAUAUCCCUCUUAAUAGAUAGUCCUGUGUCUCCGAUGACCUCGCUUCUACCCCUCGUUUUUGUAAUUGCCGUCACCGCCGCCAAGCAGGGAUAUGAAGAUAUCCUGCGAUACAGGACUGACAACGUGGUCAAUUCCUCACCAGUUACGGUCAUCAGGGACGGAAAGGAGGCCAUAGUCAAAUCGGAGGACGUCUGCUGCGGAGACCUCAUCGUCGUCGAGCGGGACUGCGACGUGCCGUGCGAUCUGGUGUUGCUGCGGUCCACGGAUCCGCACGGGAAGUGCUUCAUCACCACGGCGAACCUGGACGGCGAGUCCAACCUGAAGACCCUGAUGGUGCCGCGCGACCUGCCCACCGUGGACCUGCCGGAGAUGCACAAGCUGGGCAUGAUCGAGUGCGAGAGUCCGACCACCGACCUCUACAGCUUCAACGGCAAGAUCGAGCUGAAGGGCGGCGAGGGACGGGUGCUGCCCCUGUCCGCCGAAAAUGUGCUGCUGCGCGGGUCGCGGGUGAAGAACACGGAGUGCGUCAUCGGGUGCGCCGUCUACACGGGCAUGAUCUCCAAGCUGCAGCUGAACAGUCGCCUCACCCGCAACAAGAACGCCUCCAGCGAGAUCUACAUCAACCGCUUCCUGAUCGUCAUCCUCGUCGCCCUGAUCGCGAUUGUCACUUUGCUCUACUUCCUGAAGAGAUACAACGAGCUGUUUGUGAUACCCAAGCUCACAUAUCUGGGCGAUGCGACGGACAGCUACAGCGUGAAGCAGUUCCUGCAGGACUACCUGUCCUUCCUGAUCCUGUUCAACUACCUGAUACCCAUCUCCCUGUACGUGACCAUCGAGCUGCAGCGCGUGAUCGGCAGCUGGUUCAUGGAGUGGGACCUGGAGCUCUACGAGAAGGAUACCGACCAGCCCUGCGUGGUGAACACGUCGAAUCUGAACGAGGAGUUGGGCCAGAUCAACAUACUCUUCUCGGACAAGACGGGCACGCUGACCAAGAACGAGAUGAACUUUCAGCAGUGCUCGAUAGACGGCAGCAAGUUCCUCUUCAGGAAGACGCGUCUGGAGGAUGAGGAGACCAAGGCCCUCUUGGACAUAAACAAGUUUAGUGCGAGCCAGCGCAUCUUCUUCCAGGCCCUGUCCAUAUGCCACACAGUCCAGGUGGCUUCCGGGUCGCUGGAAGAAGCUGAUGCGGGCAACGCCAAGAAGGAGUUGCUGGCCGCCGCCAAGACGGGUCCGCCGGAGAUGUACUCCAUCUCGGACAUCACCGAGGAGAGCCACAACUCUAGUCAGCAGAGCGAGCUCAAUGUGAGCCACACCAUCGAGAGCUCGCUAUCCGGCCACCCCAAUGGCGCCAAUUCGACGGCCGUUUCGUCCGAUGUCAAUCCGCUGUUGGUCUCCAGCGACAGCUACGGCAUAGAGCGUCGCAAGCGCCCGGUGGUGGUCAAGAGGAGUCCCAACUUUGCGCGCUCCAAUCGGAUGCACACUGCUCCGGGUAUCGAGACGAACGGCAGCCAGACGCUUGACCCGAACGGGGCCUCCAGCGGGAUGGAUCCAAUGCAAUCUGCCCCCAACUAUCGGCCCAUUUCACUGCAAUUUCGCCGCUCUACCUCAGAGAAGGAUCUGCCCCAGUCGUGGGAGGCCCAAAACGGGCAGGCCCCUGGCCACCGGAGGGCCCACUCCUAUGGGGCGCCCAACGCCUACCUCUCCAACCCGAUUUCGGCCAGCACCCCGCCCACCAGCGUCCUCUUCCGGUCCACGAGCACAGCCUCCCGCGAGUCCUACGCCGCGCCCACCUUCACCAGACAGCCCACCUUUCUGGUGCGCGCCGAGUCGCAGCGCAGGAAGAAUGAGAUACGCGAUUUCAUAUUCACCUUGGACUAUCAGGCUUCCAGUCCGGACGAGAAGGCUUUGGUGGAGGCUUGUGCUAAUUUGGGCAUGGUCUAUACGGGCGACGACGACGAAACCCUCCGAGUGCGCAUUGUGCCACCCCACAUGGACUACAAGCGACCGUUCGCGAAGCCCAAGGAGGAGACCUUCAAGCGCCUCCACGUCCUGGAGUUUACCUCGGAUCGCAAGCGCAUGAGCGUCAUUGUCCGGGACACGGAGGGCAGGAAGUGGAUCUACACCAAGGGCGCCGAGAGCUACGUCUUCCCACUGUGCGCCAACAGCUCGGCGCAGCUGGUCUCCAAGACGGACGGCCACAUCAGCGAAUUCGCUCGCCUCGGCCUCCGCACAUUGGCCAUUGCCCGACGCCUGAUUGCGGAGGAGGAGUACCAGGACUUCCUCAUCGAACUGGGCCAGGCCAACAGCUCUCUUGAAAAUCGCAAGCAGCUCAGCGAGGAGUGCUACUCGAAGAUCGAAAGCAAUCUUGACCUGCUGGGAGCGACAGCUGUGGAGGACGCACUGCAGGACGACGUGGCGGAUACGUUGGUUUCCCUGCAGGCUGCCGGCAUUAAGAUCUGGGUGCUGACGGGCGACAAGGUGGAGACGGCCCUGAACAUAGCCCUGUCCUGCGGCCACAUUCCGCCCGACGCGAAGAAGUACUUCAUCAUCGACUGCAAGAACCGGGAGGAGAUGCUGCUGCACCUGAACGCCCUGGACAGGGAGAUCAUUUUCGGGAUCGGCCAGGAGUGCGCCCUGCUGAUCGACGGCAAGAGCCUGGGCGUGGCCCUGGCGGAGGCCAGCUCCGAGUUCCGGGACGUGGCCGUCAAGUGCACGGCCGUGCUGUGCUGCCGCCUGAGUCCGCUGCAGAAGAGCGAGGUGGUGUCGCUGAUCAAGUCCUCCAACGAGAACUACAACACGGCCUCCAUCGGCGACGGGGCCAACGACGUGUCCAUGAUCCAGGAGGCCCACGUGGGCAUCGGGAUCAUGGGACGCGAGGGCAGGCAGGCGGCGCGAUGCGCGGACUUCGCCUUCGCCAAGUUCUGCAUGCUGAAGCGGCUGCUCCUCGUCCACGGCCACUACCACAGUGUCCGACUGUCCCUGCUGGUCCUGUACUUCUUCUACAAGAACAUCGUCUUCAUGGGCAUCAUGUUCCUGUUCCAGUUCCACACCCUGUUCUCCUCGUCCUCCGUCUACGACUCGCUCUUCCUCACCUUGUACAAUGUGAUAUACACCUCGCUGCCCAUCCUGUUCAUAGCCAUCUCUGAGAAGCCGUACACCGAGGAGAAGCUGAUGAGAACGCCGCAGCUUUACAAAAAGAACACGGACAACAAGCAGCUUCACUGGCCGUACUUCCUCAUGUGGGUGUUGUUCGCCAUCUACCACGCAGUCAUCAUUUUCUACUUCGCCUUCUGCCUCUUCUCCUACAACAACGUCAUCCUGAACUACGGCCAGACGGUGGCGUUCUCCUGCUUCGGAACGCUGCUUAUCUGGACAGUGGUGGUCGUGGUGAACCUGAAGCUUUGGCUGGAAUCGAUGUACCUGUCCUUCUGGUACAUAUUCACAAUCGUCAUUUCCAUUCUGGGCUUUAUAAUCACGACGGUUAUCUACAACGUCAUCAAUCUGGACUACGACACGGACAUCUACUGGGCCUACAACAACCUUUUGGCCUCUCUGCCGGUCUGGCUGUGGAUCCUGUUGACCUCCGUGGCCUGCCUGGUGCCCGACUACACCAUCCGAAUGCUGCAACGGGCGCUCAACAUCAAGAGUUUCAGUAUUUUCCCUGGAAAACAACGAAAACUUAAAAUGCGUGAAAAGCUCGAGGACACAUACUUGUAACCGACGCUAGGCCAUAGUUUUUAUACCCCUUAUUUAUUUAUUAGCUUUAUGUAUUUUUUUU